GUGUUUAUUGUGUGUGAGAGAAAUAAUGAGGAUUUAAAUGAUACCACCAUACCAUCUCUGUGAUAUUUGUUUUAACCAUUAAAGACCCUCCUUUUCUUUCUUUAUCUUUCAUCUUUAACCAUUUUUCUUCAAGAUAUUUGUUUUCAACUUCUUGGUGUCCAAUAAAAAUCUCAAAACUUUACAUGAAUUCUGAUCAAGAGAAUAACAUGACCAUGGUUGUAGCUCAAGCUCAAGACCAUGAUUCAAGCUCAUCACAAAGUCAAGAAGUUGUCAUCCCAAUUCACAAGGUUGACGAAGAGAUAUCAACCGAUCCAACCGAAACACCAAAUGGGAAAAACUGGAAAAAACAAAAUCUGUUUCUUGAAAUACCAUCAAGAACAACAACAACAACAUCAGAACCCUCUUCAUCUCAAGAAUCUGUUCAAAUCAAGAUCGCGUCGACACCAACUCCAACUCCUAAGAAAGUAAACUUCAAUCUAACGCAAAGCCCGCCAGAAACUACAACAAAUGCAGCUUCUGUUAGUAGUUCAUCAAGAACCAAAUCUUCAAAGAAAAGUUUACUGCCAAAACUGAACUUUAUGAACAGGAAUACGGUUCCGGAUACAGAAAGGACUGAUGGUAAUGUGGUUCCAGCAGCGUUGGCUUCGGUAACGCAUGAGAAGAGUUCAAUACCGAGAUCAUGGUCACUUACGAAAAUGUUUACGCCCCAGAGGACGUCUUCUUUGCCUGUUACCCCCAUUGCGCUAUCGGAUCAAGGAUAUGUACUUGGGAAUUCUGGUGGGUCACUUAAUUUGGAGACUAAAGUCCAAGGACAUAUAGCUCGGUCACGCUCAGUUCCAGUUCUCAACGAAUAUAUAAGUAUCAAGCGAAUGGAUUCUUUUUUCCGCGUGAUUCCUUCAACUCCACGAGUAAAAGAUUCUAAUACCGUUUUACCAACCCCUUCUCCAACCCAUGACACGGACAAUGAAGAUGAGGAUGGCGAAGACAUACCCGAAGAAGAAGCCGUUUGUAGGAUAUGUUUAGUUGAAUUAUGUGAAGGCGGAGAAACCUUGAAGAUGGAAUGCAGUUGCAAAGGGGAACUCGCGUUAGCUCAUAAAGACUGUGCUGUAAAAUGGUUUAGCAUCAAAGGUAACAAGACUUGUGAUGUGUGUCAUCAAGACGUAGAGAACCUACCCGUUACACUUCUAAGGAUACAGAGCAGUGUCAUAAACCGAAACGUUGGUGCAAGUAGAUCUAGCCCCGUGGAAAUAAACGGAUACGGUGAUGUCUAUAGGGUGUGGCAAGAAGUGCCGAUUCUUGUUAUCGUUAGCAUGUUGGCAUACUUCUGUUUCAUUGAGCAGCUUCUCGUUGGGAACAUGGGUACGAGUGCGAUCGCGCUCUCUCUUCCGUUUUCGUGUGUUUUGGGCCUUCUUUCAUCCAUGACCUCUUCAACCAUGGUUAGAAGAAGAUUUGUGUGGCUAUACGCAUCAAUUCAGUUCGCUUUUGUCGUAGCCUUUGCGCAUAUUUUCUACUCCGUGGUUCAUGUGCAGCCCGUUUUGUCGAUUCUGCUUGCUACAUUUGCAGGGUGUGGGGUUGCCAUGUGCGGCAGCUCAAUUGUCGUUGAGAUUAUAAGAUUAAAAAGACGAUGGCAACAUGAGAACAACACUUUAGAUCAGCAAAUGGUUUCGCAAAUUGUUUUACGUCCGCAGCCAAGACACACCCAAACUGCAUCCUCAUCAUCAUCUAAUGCUGUUCCUCCAGUCCACUUAUAAGUGAAAGUGGGAAUAUAGAAGCUGUCAGAGGCAGGGGCGGACCUACCCUUUAGCCAGGGUGGGCGGCCGCACCCCUUGAAAAAAAAAUUUUAGUGUAUAUUUUAGGCAAAAAACCUGACCGCACCCCUUGAAAAUAUGGUUAAACACCUCAUCCGCACCCCCAUCAAAUAAUUUCUGGGUCCGCCACUGGUCAGAGGUAGGUAAGUAGUUAAACAAUGGGAAGUGAAGAUCAUGAUUAAUGCAGUUUUAAUAGAGAUAAGAAUGUAGUGCCAAAAUAUAGAGGAUGAACAAUAGUGAAAAGUUUCUUCAAAAUUCAAUUUAUUUAUGUAUUGUGUUUUGUUA